AUGGCUCACCAGUCUGCAGCGCAUUGGGUUUUGCUCUUCACCAAGCCAGGCACUGGCUUGCGACAGAAGCUCCAAAAGAAGGUAGCAGCAACGGAGAGCCUGCUGCGCCACCUGCAUACGCGCAUAGAAGGAACUGAGAGCAUGAAGCGAAAAGUGACCCAAUCAGUUGGGCACCUUGAACGUGAGCAACAAUCGCUGGAAGAACCUGCAAUCAUUUGCGAAAGGAGGCUUUUGAUUCGAGAGCAGCGGCCAGAUGGGGACACGGAGGAUGACUUUCAAGUGGCACUCCUGCAGGAACGGUGUGUACUUGAGCAGGGCCACAAAAUGCUGAGUGCCUACAUCGAUGCUGGGACUGAGCUACAGGAGGCUUUGCAGGCAGCAAAGAGUGAGAUGAUCGAUGACGUGCAGUUCAAGCGACAUGCCUUGCGCUUAGAGAAGUCCGCGCUCCAGUUCGAUCCCUAUCAUGGCCGUGACCGUGCCUGUGUGCUGCCAUUGGUGGCUGAAGGAAAAAGCAACCAGAAGUCUCGCCCCCAGGCGCCGCGGGAAGACGAACGAUGGAGUUUUGGCGCCACCUUCCUGAGCUUGGAGAAAGAGGAUGAGUGGAGCGAAGAAAACACCAGCAAAGAGAGUGUGCAGCGCUCUGCGUAUCACACCCAAGAGCUCAUCGGCAGGACCCACGAGCUUGAAGAGAAUGCCACGAAGUUUGUGGAGGAUUCCGUCGCUCUGCUACAACGGGUCAAGGAAAAACUUCAGGCUGCCAUGGACGGAACCACCAGUAGCAUGCAGAUGAGCAUCAACCGCCUUGUCCAGCAGAAGAAGGAGCUGGAGAAGGGCCUUGCAGACAGUCAAGAAGAUAUCAUACGCACUGAAAGACUUUUGCAGCACUUGCAGCACGAGAUUCACAGUCAAAAGGCGUCCUUGGAUGAGUGGGAGGCAGCUCCUGAAAUCUCCCUUGACAGGCUUGACCAGCGCUUGCCCCUAGCUGUCCAGCAGGACAUACGCCAGAGUGCUUUCGAACGAAUGCAGGAGUUUGUGGGCUGUUGGACGGACAAGUGUGGUUUCUGUGAGAUGUUGAUACAUGUUGGGCGUAAUCAUGCGUAA